AUGAAAUAAAAUAUAAGAGGUGAAUUUUUAAUGAUAAGAGGACCUUCAGGAGGUGGAAAAACAACAUUUUUAAACAUGUUAGGUACAGUAGAUGUGGCAUCAUCAGGAACAAUAAAAUUAUUAGGAAAUAUUAUAGACAUAAACUCAUCAGAUGAUUAUUUGUCAAAAUUAAGACUCGAAAAAAUAGGCUUUGUAUUUUAAACAUUUAAUUUAUUAGCAACUAUGACUGCAUAUGAGAAUGUUGAACUUCCCAUGAAAAUACUUAAUAAAUUAAAUUCAAAAUAAAUUAAAUAAAGAGUUACUAAUUUAUUAAAUAGAGUAGGUUUGUAAGAUAGAAUGGAUCAUUUACCUUCAGAACUUUCAGGUGGUGAACAAUAAAGAGUUGCAAUUGCAAGAGCUUUAGCAAAUUCUCCUAUUAUUGUUUUAUUAGAUGAGCCUACAGGGGAUUUAGAUACUAAAUCUACAGUUGAAGUAAUGGAUCUUUUAUUAAGCAUAAAUAAUUUUGGUUAUUCUUAAGAUGAAACAGAAAGAGUAACAAUGGUUAUGGUUACUCAUAAUCCUGAUAUUGAAUGUUAUGCAGAUAGAAUUUUAUAUUUUUCAGAUGGAUAAAUUGUUAAAUAGGCAUAUAAUGAAAAACAAGUACCUUUAAAUUGGGAAGAUUAUGUUAAAUAUUUAAAUGAAAUGCGUAGUUGA